UCCCGCUGCGGCCGUCUCCGAUUGGUUGAUGCCGAUUCCUCCGCCGCCGCGUCUCGUGCGACGUGCCGGCGAGCGCGUGGAAAGAAGGGCAGCGGCGGGAAGACUGCGACAUCGCAAAAGGCGCCAAGCGAGGUGGAAGGGGGAGGGGGCGAAAGUUGCGUUUCACUGGGGACUGGUGUGCGGCGCCCAGAUAGACGAGAAGAAGAAGAAGAAGAAGAAGAAGAAGGAGGAGGAGAAGAAGAAGAAGAAGAAGAAGGAGGAGGAGGAGGAGGAGGAAAUGUGGCGUGAGGGAUAGAAACGCUUCAUUCUCUGCCAGAGAGGAUUAAAGAGGCGGCGAGGGAGGGAAGGGCGCCGCCGCCGCCGCCGCCGCCGCCGCCGCCAAACGCCUUCAUGCUGCCGCCGCAAGGAGAAAGCGCCCCGACCCGCUCCGGACCGCGCGCCAGGUCAAGAAAAGAGAAGGAAUCCGAUGAUCUCCGCCAGCGAUGCCGAGUUCCCCCGGGACUACCGCCCGCUGGGCGGCGGCGGGGCGUCGACGUCGCCGUCGCCGUCGCCGGACCGGCGGCGCAAGUCGGCGGCGGCCGGCAGCCCGGAGGCCCCGAACGGCGCCCGCCGGGCCGACGUGGUCUUCGCCGACGAGAUGCGCGGCAGUACCGGGGGCUCGUCGCUUGGGGGCGCCGCUCGAGGACGACAGCAACAAGCUAACUACUGGAGCUUCAAGAGUCGGACGCCGCGCCCCAGCCCGACGCGGAACGGCCGAGUUUCCUUCUCGUCUCGCGAGCGUCCGGGCGUCACGGCGGACCGCGACGUCCCCGGCGGCUUCAGCCGCGCCGACCGACUGCGCCGGAGUCUCCCGCUCGCCCGAUCCUCCGCCAACCCGGCCAAGCUGCACACGCCAGGCGUGCUCUUCCUGCAGCUGGGCGAGGAGACUCGCCGCGUGCACCUGACUCACGAGCUGGGCAGCCUGGACACCUUGCGGGCGCUCAUCGUGCACAUGUUCCCGCAGAGGCUCACCAUGGCGACCCUCAGGUCUCCCAGCACGGCGCUGCUGAUCAAAGACGAGAGCCGCAACGUCUUCUACGAGCUGGAGGACCCGCGCGACGUUGGCGACCGCUGCGUGGUCAAAAUCUACUGCAAGGAGCCCGCCGUCUGCGGGACGUACCCGGGACACCGCGACUCGCGCCUGCUGGCCAACGGCGACCUCAGGCGCGAGAUGGUGUACGCCCCCCAGGACUCACCCCCCGGCCAGCGCCUGGGCGCGCCGGCCACGCCCCCGCCGCAUUCGUCCUCGCCGCCUCAAGGCUCGCCGUCGAGAACGCGCUUCCUCUUCGGCGGGGGCGGCGUCCGUCCCUCCUCGUACGCCGGCGCGGCGACGCGGCGGCGCGCCGCGUCGCCGGCCUUCGCCGCCUCCUCCGGCGCCAUCUUGGAACGUCGCGACGUGAAGCCGGACGAGGAGGCGGGCGGCGCCCGCGGCGUGAUGCUGCUGCGGGCCGACGAGCGUGGGGGGGGCGGCGUCUACGCCGACCCCUACUCUCUGAGCCUGGACGCCCGCGUGGGGCUCGCCGGGGCGCCGCGCUCGCCGCUCCCCGGGCGCGCCGACCCGUACGGCUCGUUGUACCGGCGUGGACCGGGCGGGGCGGCGGUGUGUUCCCUGAUGGAGGGCGGCGGCCUCUACCGAGCGGGCGGCGCCCUUUACGACGACACCUACGCGGCGUCCGUGUUGGCCGUGGGUCUGCGCGUGCCGCCGCUUUCCUCGCCACAGAAUAUUCCCGACACGCGCGACGCCUACGCCGGCACGCUGCCGUCCCGCGGCUCACCCGCCAGAGGGGAGCGACGCCGCGACUCGCUCGUGUCGUCCGCAGGCGGCGACAGCCCGAGAAGUCGCGGGCUGACCUCGGAGCAGCUGUGCCUGAUGGCGGCGGUGGCAGGAGGGGACGGCGACGGGGUCAGAGGAGAGGAGACAGAAACCAGGGAGCGCAUGGAGGUGAUGGAGAAGCAGAUCGCCAGCCUGACCGGCCUCCUGCAGCGAGUUCUCAGCAGAGCGCCUGAAGACCACAGCCCGGACAAAACGGAGUCAGCCAGCGAUGGCUCGGGGACCGACCCUGGACGUCCUAAAAAAAAAAAAGCCGUGUCGCCGUCGGGCCCCCUGGCGCUGAUGCCGCCGCCCUCUGACGCCGGCCGGCCGCCGAACGUGUCCCGCGCGCAGAUGCAGCGCCACCUGCUGGGCCUGCAGCAGAGCACCAAGGUGCUGCGUACGCAACUGUCGCAGCUGCGCAACAUGCAGCUGUCCAAUCAGGAUUGCGUGGUGGCGCUGCUGAGGCGGACGGAGGCGGAGCUGAGCGUGCUGAUGCUGGACGCUGCGCGCACUCAUGAGGAUCCUCUGCAGAGACAGCGCCUCCUGGUGGAGGAGGAGCGCCGCAAGUAUCUCACCCAGGAGGAGACGCUCGCGCACAAGCUGCAAGACCUGGAGCGCUGGGUAGAGAAUCUGCAGGAGUCGUCGAACGUGCAGCCGAGAUCGCCGGUGAGCCAGGGGGACCUGCGGCAGAAGACGCAAGAACUCAAAACGCUGGCGGACACGCUGGACUGCCUCAAGAGCCAGUUCCCGGGCCUGCAGAGCAAGAUGCGCGUGGUGUUGCGCGUGGAGGUGGAGGCGGUCAAGUUCCUGAAGGAGGAGCCUCACCGUCUGGACGCGCUGCUGCGACGCUGCAACAGCAUCCGAGACUCGCUCAGCUCGCUUCGCAGACGGGCCAGCGAGAAGGAGCAGGAAGACGCGCCCGGCCAAUCGCAGACGAGUUUUCCCCUCAGCCUGACGGGCAACCGGACGCCAGGCCGUGCCGGCGAGCAAGACGAGACGCCUUCCGUGAGCUUCAGAAGUCGCGUCGGGUCUGAGAAAAGCCUCAACGCGCAGGCGCACGUGUCCGCGGACGUCACACUGGCGGCGGAGCGCGACUGGGAGGAGAAGCGCGCCAGCUUGACGCAGUUCAGCGCGCAGGACAUCAACCGCCUGCUGGAGGCGACGCAGGCCGAGCUCCUGAAGGCGCUCCCGGACCUGGACUUCGCCGCCAAGACCGCCGCCAAACCCGCCGUGCCCCCCAAGCCCCUCGUGGGCGUCGCAGGCGGGCCGACGGCGGGCAAAGUGCAGCUGGCGGCGCAGAAGCUCAACAGCGUGGAGGGGGCGGCAUCCCAGCGAGGAUCAGCGGACGUGGGCGUGGCCAGGUGCCGCGCGGAGAAGGCGUCCAAGUCUCCGCCGCCGCCGCCGCCGCCUCGCCGGACCUUCCCGUCGGCGCUCGCCGCCGCCGUCAACAACAAGAGCACCGAAUUGUCCGCGCCGCGUCGACAGAUGGAGGACGUCCAACCGCCCGAAGCUCCGGUCAAGCUGAGGCGGCGGACGCCGUACGACGCGCCCCGCCCCGCCUCCACGCCGCCUACGGCGGCGUCGUCGGGCCUUCGGGACGACGACGACGGCGGCAUCGAGAAGGAGACGGUCGGCGGUUCGCCGGCGUCCGUCAGAGGUCCGACGGUGGCGGCGCGCCUCAAACAUCUGGAACAAGGAGGACGCAAAUCCAAAGAGGAAGUCAAAGCGUUCCCGGGGAGCCAGCAGCAGGUCUUCCACUUCUAGAACGCGCAGUGGCGCGCGACGGCAGGCGGGGGGCAGGGGGGCCGUCUGCCUUUGCCGCAGCUUUUUCUUCGUUUUUUUCUGGAUGCAAGAUGGCUUCUUUUCCUCGUGUGUCUUUGUUUGGAAUUAGCUUCAUGCUAACGUGCAAUAAUCCCUCCUCGCCUUUCUUCUUCUUCUACAUCUUUUUCUUCUUGACAAGACUCAGCCAACUAGCACCCAUGCUAGCAGCGCUAAGGUUCAAAAUAAAGAAACAAUAAAUAAGCACGCGCUCACGGGAGGCGCUAAGCCCCGCUCGUCUCAUCCGCGUCCGCACGCCGCCGAGCGAGGACCGAGCGCUUAAGCACGAAGGACGCCUUUCGGUUCGUCCCGCUUUCGGGACGCCGGAUCAGCUGGGACGACGUCUGCGGUAUUUCACAUCAUUUGCGUGACAAUUCGUCUGUAGUCACGGGCUCAUUGUCAUGUCAUUCCAUUAAUAACGGAAAUGUAUUUUUUUUUCAAUGCACCUUGUUUGAAGGGCUCCCAUGCUCAAAGUCCUACUUAUUGACGAUUUAAGCAUUUCGGCCCGAAUCGAGAAAUACACUUCAUGUCGGGCCAACGCAAAUGUCAUCUCAACAACAAGAUUGUCGUCCGCGAAAAUUUCGCGUAAUGCGAAAGACAGAAACAACUUUGUAAAAAUGGAGCGAGUUGCGCAAUGAACAUGCGUUGCCCUUCAAAUUCGCCGAUUACAAGUGCAGAAAUCAUCCCGAGGAGUCGUGAAAACAACUUUACUGUCGUAAUAGCAGUAGAGACGCAGACAAAUGCGCACGUGUGUGAGAAACAACAACAUGUGUGCUCAUGCAAAAUUGCGGCAACAUCGUGAGGCCGGCGGCGUUUCAACGCAACAGAAAGCUUCGGUGACUUUUGUCAAAAGAAGCAAAAAAAAGGAACUCUUUUGCACACUGAGAUGCAUUUGUGUUGUUCGUCUUAUCCCCAAAAUGUCAUUUACAUCUUCCCAAAUCAUCAAAGUUCAUUUGGGACAGCGAACCGCAAAGACAUUUUUGCCAUUCAAAGUUUGAAAACAAAGAAACAUGACCCGUCGAUGGAGGCGGCUGCGUCCUCAGCGCUCUUGCUCAAUUGAGCCCGCGUCGUCAGGCUCAACGCCGCUGACCUUUAACCUCCUCCUCUUCAUCCGUCUGCCGUCGUCGCUUGUCCGACUGGCGGCGGUCACGUGACGUCGCCGCGGCGAUUUAGAAUGAAAGCGUUCGAUGUUGUUGUGCUCUGAAGGUGUACAAAAAAGGCAAACGCCAUCUAUGUUUUCUACUUGUUUUCUAUUUUUCUACGCCCGUAACACAUGGAUUGUGUAAAUUAUUAUUUUUAUGAUUUAGAGAUGUUUCAUUUUUUCGGACGGCCGGCGAGCUCCGUCGCCUCGCCGAGGCCGCCGCCCGUUUUCAGCCGCAUCCGUACGUCGAUCGUCUUAUAGCUUCCGUGGAGUUGAUGUUCUCAAUCGUCAGAAUUAGAAUUAUUAUCAGAAGAAUAAGAUAAAAGUGGCAUGAAAACUGUGGACGUGUGCACGCUGACUACUUGUAAUAAUGAUCAUAAUCGUCCUAUUAAUUAUGCCAUCGCUCUGUGGUCAAAACACGAGUGUAUCGUGCUAUCUGAUGUGCAGCUCGAGAGAAUUUUAUAAAUCGUUCCAAGCGGGAAUAAAAGAAAAAGUGGAGCGCGGAGUGUGAUGCUCGCUGUGUGGGUCCCCCGUGACGCGUCAUCGCGAAGCGUUCUGGUCACGGCGCCGCCCGAACUUGUACUUUUCUACAUCCUUCUUCUGAUGUUUUGUGACAAUACAAAAGCGUGAAGUACUCGGCACAAUCAAACGCCCGCGUAACGUCGUCUUCCCAAAGUCUUUUUCAAAAGUCUUCGAGUCAUCGGUGACGGAAUAAAUAAUAAAGCAAAGAACGGGCGGACGAGCCCGUGUGUUCGGCAGAUAACCAUCUGCACGCGAACUUACCUUCGUGGCCGGCGAGCUUCCUUUGGCAACGACGCAUGACAGCGAUCGCUUUUUCACAAAACAAGCCUACUCGAAUGUAUCUCACCGCACUGUGUUCGCUUGAAAUUGUUCGGAAAAAGCAUCUCGACUCGCAAUAUCGGCGACGGUUAUGCCGCACGGCUUCCCCGGAAUGAGAAAAGAGGCGGAGUUUCACCACACUUUAAUUCAGACAAUGGAAUUGUUCAAGACAUUGUUGACGCUUGGAAUUUGCUCCCAUUGUGCGGACGUAACAAAGCAGCGGGUACAGACCGACAGCGUCAAUUUGUGAAAUAAUACGAAACGAUAUUUGGACAAAGGGGGGUUUUCCGCCCGACAGCGACAAAAUGGAAGGUGGGAAUGUUUGAACGAGUUUGACACCAGAUGUGAAUUGAACGACGUCACCUUGGCAACGGCAUCUGGACCGAAUGCAACGUCGGAAGAGAGAUGAGGAUGAGGAAUUGCCCAAAUUGGAAUGCGUACAAUUCAGAUGGCAAUGUACAGAAUCGGAGUUGAAUACGCGCCACCGGAUCGGACUGCGAAGAAUUCGAUGAGAAUGCGCGGGAGCAGACAAACACGGAUUCAACCCUGUCGCAAUCAACGGAAUCGUAUCAGGAUGCACGUCGUCGGAUCACAUCGGAGCGGGCGGCGACACGGAGGCGCCGCCGCCGCCGCCGGCCCGUUCGCCCGGCCGCCGUGCGCCCAGCAGCUCGAGCACGUCUCCGCGGAAGCGCUGGCCCACCAGGGCGUACGUGACGGGAUUGAGGCAGCAGCGGGCGUACGCCAGAGUGCGCGUGACGUACUCCGGCAGCAGGGCGCACAGCGGGCGCGCCAUCUUGACGGACAGAACCACGCUGUGGGGCAGCUGGAAGAGCAGGAAGAGCAGAACCAGCGCCAGCAUCAGCUUCAGCGUGCGCCGGCGACGCCAGCGCUCGGCCCCGCCGCUGCCCGCCCGCAAGAUGCGAGCGAUGCCCGAGUAGCACGCCGCCAUCACCAGGAAGGACAAAGCGAAGACGCCGAUCACGGUGCCGUCGGCGGCCCUUUUGACGUCGGCGCCGCCCAGCGUGCCGCAGUAGGCGUCGGCCCCGGAGCCCGACACGCCGGAAUACAAGAUCUCGGGCAGGCCGAAGAGCGUCGCCGCCG